ACCAGUCGAAACCGGAAGUUCUAUUGUUUGAGCAGAUUACAAAAAAAAGACGAGAGUAAAUUGAAGAUGGAGAGAAAGAAAGAGAGCGGACUUAUCCUGGUGAAAACCAAAUAACAAAGAUGGAGUCUGUUUACAUUAAACAGGAGGAGGUUCAGGAAUUGGUACCUGUCUACAUUAAACAGGAGAUGACUGAACUGGAUCCUGUCCACAUGAAAGAAGAGACUGAACUGGAGCCUGUCCACACUGAAGAGGAAGAGCAGCCUGUCCACAUUGAAGAGGAAGAGACUGAACUGGAGCCUGUCCAUUUUAAAGAGGAAGAGACUCAACUAGAGCCUGUCCACAUUAAAGAAGAGACUCAACUAGAGCCUGUCCACAUUAAAGAGGAAGAGACUCAACUAGAGCCUGUCCACAUUAAUGAAGAGACUCAACUAGAGCCUGUCCACAUUAAAGAGGAAGAGACUCAACUAGAGCCUGUCCACAUUAAAGAAGAGAUUGAACUGGAGCCUGUCCACAUUAAAAAGGAAGAGACUGAACUGCAGCCUGUCCACAUUGAAGGGGAAGAGACUGAACUGAACAUUGAAGAGGAGUCUAUUGACUUGUUUAAGGAUUCAGAAAACAUAUCCGGACCAAAAAUAUCACACCAAUGUACUGACUGUGGGAAGAACUUCAGUUGGUUAGGAAACCUAAAAACACACCAGCGAAUUCACACUGGAGAGAAGCCGUAUGACUGUACUGAAUGUGGAAUGAGCUUCCGUAGGUUAGGAGACCGAAAAACACACCAACGUAUUCACACUGGAGAGAAGCCGUAUCAGUGUACUGAAUGUGGAAAGAGCUUCCGUCGGUUAGGAGACCGAAAAAGACACCAACAAAUUCACACUGGAGAGAAGCAGUAUCACUGUAUUGAAUGUAGGGUGAGCUUCACUUGGUUAGAAAACCUAAAAAGACACCAACAAAUUCACACUGGAGAGAAGCCGUAUCACUGUUCUGAAUGUAGGGUGAGCUUCAGUCGGCUAGAAAACCUAAAAACACACCAGCGAAUUCACACUGGAGAGAAGCCGUAUCACUGUACUGACUGUGGGAAGAGCUUCAAACAGUCAGACACCCUAAAAAGACACCAGCGAAUUCACACUGGAGAGAAGCCGUAUCACUGUUCUGACUGUGGGAGGAGCUUCAUUCAAACAGGACACCUAAAAAGACACCAGCGAGUUCACACUGGAGAGAAGCCAUAUCACUGUCGUGAAUGUUGGCAGAGCUUCAAACAGUCACACACCCUAAAAAAACACCAGCAAAUUCACACUGGAGCCAGCCUUCCUCCCUCCCUCCCUCCCAGUCCCUCACCUCUCCACCCUGAUUGUUUGAGUGGAGAGCUGUCUGAUUCCCUGCCUCUUUCUCUCACCCUGCAGUAAAUGAUGGGGGUCCUCCGGACUGAGAGCCAGCCUGAAUCCAGAGACACUGAGAAGGGGACAGACCCAUUCUUUCAGAAUGAACUGGAGAGCCCUGGGAUUCAGCUCCACUCCUGCCCCUGAAUUGGAAAUGAAUCUCACUCAUCAUGCUGUGAGGAUUUAGGACAGUGUUACAUGGUCAUUCUACUUAGAAGGGUCACAUUGGAAAUAUAUGUCAAGCUUUUUCUCUGAACACUUGUAUGUGUGAUUAGGGAUCUGGACUCUUGACCGGAGGGUCGUGGGUUCAAUCCCAGGUGGGGGACACUGCUGCUGUACCCUUGAGCAAGGUACUUUACCUAGAUUGCUCAAGUAAAAACCCAACUGUAUAAAUGGGGAAUUGUAUGUAAAAAAUUAUGCGAUAUCUGUAUAAUGUGAUAUCUUGUAACAAUUGUAAGUCGCCCUGGAUAAGGGUGUCUGCUAAGAAAUAAAUAAUAAUAAAUAAUAAGAAGAACAUAAGAACAUAAGAAAGUUUACAAACGAGAGGAGGCUCCAUUCAGCCCAUCUUGCUCGUUUGGUUGUUAGUAGCUUAUUGAUCCCAGAAUCUCAUCAAGCAGCUUCUUGAAGGAUCCCAGGGUGUCAGCUUCAACAACAUUACUGGGGAGUUGGUUCCAGACCCUCACAAUUCUCUGUGUAAAAAAGUGCCUCCUAUUUUCUGUUCUGAAUGCCCCUUUAUCUAAUCUCCAUUUAGGGUUGGACUGUACAGGGAUGUCAUGCAUGCGGAAAUGGCAAAAACAAACAAAUAAUGAUUUAUUUCUUAGCAGACGCCCUUAUCCAGGGCGACUUACAAGAUAUCACAUUAUUUUUACAUUCAAUUCCCCAUUUAUACAGUUGGGUUUUUACUGGAGCAAUCUAGGUAAAGUACCUUGCUCAAGGGUACAGCAGCAGUGUCCCCCUACCGGGGAUUGAACCCACGACCCUCCGGUCAAGAGUCCAGAGCCCUAACCACUACUCCACACUGCUGCCCACAAUCCAUCAUUAUUUUAAAACAUAAGGUCACAGAAAAUUACUGGCAUUUUUUUUGUUUUAAUAAUACAUGGGUGUUUCCAGUGGACAGCCUUUGGAAACACAUUUAGAAGCACACUUUUGCAGUUUGAUUACUAUAAUAUUUUUAUUUUUAAUGGAAUGAGGGUCAAAUGAUACAGAAUGAUACAUGUAACAAUAAUAAUCCUUGUUUGUUACCUUUAGUUUGUAGUUGUAUUGGAACCCAAGGGCUGAAGCUGAAAUGUAUAGAAGGGGUUCAGACUGAUACAAAUUAACAAGGAAAUGUCAGUUACACUAACAAGGACCAUACUGGAAACAGAACAAAUUAUUACACCACAGAAAUCUAAUAGCGGUGUUAUUAAUGUCCAAGAAUAAACUGGAUUGGUGGACUGCAUUGGAAUGAAUAAUGGAUAACUUCUGCCAUCUAGUGGUCAGGGACUGCCCAGUCCCUGACCACCUUCCGGCGCCUCCUUAAGACUCACCUCUUCAAACAGCACCUGUAGAACUCCUCUGUUUGUAUCCUGGGACACUAUCACCCUUCAUGUAAAUGUGCUUUAUUUUGCUCUUAUCUGCCCCCUAUUUUACUGCAUUUAAUCCUGUACUUCAGAAUACUGUAAUCUGCCAAGUGUUUAACCUGUAGUAUUUUGUAUUUAAUCACAUCCUGAUGUAACUAUCACUAUUUAAUCAUAUCCUGAUGUAACUAUCA